AUGUCAGAACUAUCGCCCAUUCCUCUUGAUAAGGUCAAAAAGCAAUUUUUGGCGUAUACUGACUUCCCUAGAAGUCCUCUUCGAUCUCCGGCAUUCAAGAAGCACGAAUCAAGUAAGGCAUCACCGCAAUUAAAAUACUCACCAGCAAGGUCCAACAUUGGUUCUGGUUCUAAUGCUCUUCAUACCUUAAGUGGAAAUGCUACUCUCUCACGGGAUAGUGAUAAUCAAAUCAGAAAAUCGCCAUUUUACAAGUUGAGUGCCAAUGAUUCCAAAGCAUCGCUUAACAUGGAUAACGAAAAACAGGUGUUGGAAAUGGCAGGCUAUAGUCAGAAACUUAGUACCUCGGUGCUUGAUGAAUUAACGAAAAAGGCUGAGAAAUUUUCCAAUGAUAUCGCCAAUGGCGCGGGCUUAGAUGAUAUCGAGAAUAGAUCCAAUGAAAAACAAUUGCAGAAUAUGAGCCCAGUACAGAGAAGAUUCAACGCCAUCCAUCAGAAGCAAUUCAAUAAGAUGGAAUCAAUAACCAAUCAUUAUAGUGCUAUUAGAAGAAGAAAACAGCUUCAAGAAGGCAGCACCAGUGAUUCAGUUUUCAGAUCAAAGGAAAAGAGAAAAAUGUCACCCGAGCCAAUGCCUAGAAAAGAAAUUGAAAAAGAGAAACCAGAAGAACUAGCCGAACAGAAAAAUAUAGUGAUUCCAGUUGAUACUGCUUUAGUCGCAAGCCCAGCAGGAGUUACGGAAAAAGCCCAUGAAGAUGGCGGUGUCAGAACUCCUGUAAAGCAAGUCAAACGUUCAUCCAAUAUUGAUCUUGGUAGUGCUCUGAAGAGAAGAAGAACCCUUAUAGGUCCACGAGAAGUUCCCGAGAGCUUCAAAUCCCCAAAACAUCAAACCGAGAUUAAUAUUGAUUUAAAAUCUAACAAUAAUGAAAAUAAGAUCAUAUCAGAUAGCGAUUGCUAUGAGAAUUCGCUCGAGAUGGCAGAAAGAGAAGUCCAAGAUAUUUUGGGUGAAGCUUUAGAAAAGCCUGCAAUGAAUCUUAAAUCUGAACUUGCUGCUAUGAAUCAACUCGCUAGUGAUAAGGAGAUGAGGGAAUUGGAAAUGAAACAUUAUUUAGAAGAUGAUAAACCAAUAGAGCCAUUGAGAAUAGCACCCAGAUCAUCGAUGCUAAACGAGCCACCAUCAAAACCGGAAGUAACUGAAAUUGAGCUUUCAAUGAGACUCGACAAAAUGGAUCAAACAGUUGAUUUUUCCAUGCUUAGGCGUUUCAAUGAUGCUGACAUAAAUAGUGAUCACGAUGAUUCAUUACUUGAUACCCUGAUGACCAAAGAAGAUGAUUUCAAAAAAAAAAUUAUUCCAGAGCAAAAUAUUACUGAUAAUUUGAACAGGAAUACUACUAAAAAUGCUAGAAUGCAUGGUCCUAUGAAGAAGCCGGUAUUGAAUCCAAAUUCGAGAAUACUUGGAGGGUCUAGACCUGUUAAGAAAUUUGAAACUCACAAACAGCCACCUCAGCCUCACGCUCGCUUUAGCGCUUCAAAAUCUUUGAGCAAAGCCAGGGUUUUAAGUAAUUCUAACAAUUCUACCAGCAGUUCAAGAUCUGCAAGUGGUAGUGACAGUGUAUUCAGCUCGCGGCAAUUCAGUGGAUCAUCAGCUAGCAGCUCUGGGAGUACCAAUUCCAUGCAUAAUCAGGGCUUCGCUAAACCACUUAGUCGUGCAAGCACUAAAUCUUAUGGUAAUCUACGGACUGCUGAAAAACCAAGAACUGUUCAGAAUACCCUCAAACCAGCAAGAAGUAUUGGAAAUCUCAAAAACACAGUGAAGCAGACAGGGAAAUCAAACCCAACAAGAAGUGCUAGUACCAAAACUAUGGAUUUAGAUCAAUGCGAACCCAAAUUGACGAAAAAAUCAUCCAUUCCAAGAUUUCGUCAACCAACAGUUGCAUCAUUGAGCAGACAAUCUUCCAAAACAAGCCUAAAUGGCUACUUGACAAAAUCAGAUUCUAGCACCAACUUCACCAAACCAACUAUCAAGCCAUCAUCUUCAAGUUCCAGCUUCACCAAACAAAAUAUCAAACAAUCAACUUCCAGUUCCAGCUUCGCCAAACCAACUAUCAAAUCAUCGACUUCUAAUUCAAGUAUAACUUCCAGUAAGCCAAGCGCAACUAAACUGGUUAUGCGGGCCAGAUCAAUAAAUCAAUUAUAUGCCGGAAAACCUACAACUAAUAACAGCAGAAUGAAUAUUGCGAAUUACGGUAGCGGUGCUAAAAAUGUUGGUUAUAAGUCAUGA